CCGCGUGCAACUCGCUCUCUCAACAGCAGUGUGGGUGUGGACCAACAAGAUCCUGACAUGGAGAGGCCCCAAGAUACAAUGGGUGGUCUCUUUGAAGACGUCGUGGCACUGAGACUCCCUCCAAUGCCCGAACCCAAAGACCCCAAUGUAUUCGGUGCCGCAUCUUACCUACCAGGCUUUAGCCCUGCAAACACCGAUUCUACUGGGCCCCAUGAAAUCGAGAGCCCAAUACAACUUCGUUCAGCGGAUCGGGUUGGGGAAACUCUCUCGUACAUUCCAUUCUUUGAUUCCCCUGCCUCGAGCAACUUGAGCAGCGAUCACCCAGUUGGCGGGACACCACGUCUCUCCGGCAGUGCCCAACAGAUGUCCACCCCCCAGCCAGGCCAAAUAUGGCCUUUUCACGGGAUUCAAUCCAUGCCUGCCGCUUACUCAGGUGGAAUGCCACUCACUCCGGGAGCUUCCUCAGGCUCUGUGUCGCAACCCAUCGGAACACCACCAUCCUCUCCGAGUCUUCCCAUACCUCCAUUGGAAUCCCCAGAAUCACCACUCCAUCGCUUCUCAACACAAAGGAGGCAGUCGCAGAUAACUAAUCAUGUUAGCGCAAUCGGCAUCCUUGUGAGAGACCAGGAGCAGUCCUCUGGUACUGGACGUCAAGAUCAGCCUGAAGAGGGCCAAGUUCCUCAAGGUGGCGCUAGUUGGAACCCGACCUAUGCUGCUAAUGCGCCUAGAACACCUGAACCAAUCGGCCGACGCACCGUAACGGACUGGCACGCCAUGUCGCCUUCACAUGCGCCUUCAACCAGCAGUCAACCACGUAACUUCCCGACUCCUAACAUUGCUUCGCACAGCUCGCGGUUCCUUCACGCAUCUGAACAAAAUGUCGCCAAUGGCAGCCCCGAUACGCCGAACCCCUCAACCAUUACAAGUCGGAGGAAUGAUCAGGGCAGGCGAAGCGAUGCCCAACCAAACCACCCCGAUUUCCGUGGAAGAUAGGUCGCGUCAUGCGUAGCAAGGGGGUUAAUGUCAUCACACGAUUGCUGAACACGAUUGCUUG